AUGGGAUUCGGUCAACUCGUCACCGGCCCGCCGGGCGCGGGAAAGACGACGUACUGCGUCGGCAUGAAGCACUUUUACGAGCUUCGUGGACGACGCGUGGCGAUCGUCAACUUAGAUCCAGCGAACGACGUGGCGCCGUACGAAGCCGCGGUAUCGCUCGAAGACCUCAUAUCCGUCGAUGAAGUGCAAGAGGAGCUCGGACUCGGGCCGAACGGGGCGAUGAUUUACUGCAUGGAGUAUUUGGAAAAGAACGCCGACUGGUUGCGGGACGCGUUGACGCCGCUUCGGGACACGCACUACUUCAUCUUCGAUUGCCCGGGGCAAUUGGAGUUGUUCAACGUGCACGGAUCUUUCCGUAAUGUGCUGCAUCGAAUGAUGAAUGAGUGGGAUUAUCGACUGUGCACGGUGCAUUUGAGUGAUUCACACCUGUGUUGCGACCCGGGCUCGUACGUCAGCGCGUUGCUCGUGACGCUCCAGUCGAUGUUGCAUUUAGAGACACCGCACGUGAGCGUGUUGAGCAAAAUCGACAUGCUGGAACAAUACGGCGAGUUGGCGUUCAGCUUAGACUACUAUGCGGAGGUGAUGGAUUUAGAUUAUAUAGUGGAACACAUCGGAAACGAUCCGAAACUCGCCAAGUAUAAAAAGCUCACGAGCGGGUUGUGCGAAGUCAUCGAGGACUUCGGGCUCGUGCGCUUCGUACCGAUGUCGAUCGAAGACGAAGAAACGGUGAGCAGAGUAGCGACGUUAGUGGAUAAGUCCAUCGGGUAU